AUGUCAGGUAUUAGUGUCAACAAAUAUCUCACGAGUCACUGGGAGAAACAAGGAAGAAUUUUUCGAAGAGGAAAUUUAAACGCAAAUGUUUUUCAUGUACAUGAACAAGAUAGAGAUCAGAGGGCAGUGACUCAAAAAGGACGUGACGCGUUCUCGGUACAAGACGUGGAGCAUAUGGAGAAGCAGCUCGUGUUUACGCUACACCAGACAGCGCAACGCACAAGCCAGCAGCGUGGUAUUGUGUUGCCAUUGUUUGACAAUAUUGCAGUGCUGGGACUAUCACUGAUAAUGGAGCUACGAGCAAAAGAUGUGACUUUGCCAAUUGAAGUGCCACAUUGCGGAGACCUGAACGAAUCGAUACAACGCACGCUAUUGGAAAAGAACAACAUGGGGAUCAUCCGCUUUUACGAUGUAUGUGAAUUAGCCUCGCAAACCACGAGUUUGCUGAAUCCAUCGCGUAAAGUAUUUUGUGAUAGCUUGAGCACGUGUUAUAAGGCGUAUCGGUCCUUUUACAUUAAACUGCUGGCCGUGGUCUUCUCGCAGUUUGAAGAGAUUAUGUUGCUUGAUGCUGACACGUUGUUUUUUGAGAGCCCUAUGACGCUUUGGGAUACGGACAAGUACCGCACGACUGGCACGUUAUUUUUUCACGACCGUAUAAGUCAGCCAGAUAUGUAUAUGGGUGCGCCGUUUCGUGGCAACGCACAUGUGAGCGUUUUAAACCAUUACAUUUCGCACUUUGAUGUGACGCCUUUUGCACCGUUGGGGAACAUUCAGCGGCCAAAGGCAACGAGCGAGAACAAGGUCCCAGUGGACUUGAAAAACUACUCGCCCAGUGAGCACCUACUGAAGAGCCACUCAUGGAAUCACCGCGCUGGCCACGAGAUGGACUCGUCGUUGGUGCUGUGGAACAAGAAAAUGCAGCCACGAGCAACUGCGAUACUGGCAGCUUUUGUCGCAAUCAAUGGCAUCAACCGUCCCCCGUCGUAUGGUGACAAAGAACUGUAUUUCUUAGCCGUUGAGCUUGCUGAAACUCAGUACGCUUUCUCUGAUUUUGGAGUGGGCGGUGUGGGCUGGGACUUUCGCGACAACGGCCCGGGCAAAUCGGUUGUUUGCGGCCAUGCCUCGCAUUACUACCCGAUAAAACCUGCGAACGCUAGCACCGUUGCGAGCACGAGAGUGCUGUACCUCAACAGCGAUGCGAUUCUGGAGUAUGAACACGCGAAGAAGCCCGUCUACUAUAGUCAAGCGCGAUUAUACGAGGUGUAUGUCGGUUCUUUCGCAGACCGCGGCCUACAGCAGGAGUGUCCAUUCGACGUGACGGGCGUGCGCUUUUCUUCCGGGCAAGCUGAUUGCAUUCUAUCGCGUCAGCGCUAUUACGAAAUUGCCAAGUUCUGGAUACAGUAG